AUGCCCAAGGAGUGGCAGCAUCUCCCUCCAGCCCCCCACCCCAAGACCAUCUGUCCCACUUCCAGUCCGUCACCCGGGAAAGCAAUUCCCAUAAAGAUGCGACCUGGCAACUGUUUUGUGGGUACUGAAGUCCCAGGAUUGAAAAAACGUACAAGGAAGGCCUUUGGAAUACGGAAGAAAGAAAAGGACACUGAUUCCACAGGCUCGCCAGAUAGGGAUGGAAUCCAUCCCAGCCCACACGAACCACCCUACAAUAGCAAAGCAGAGUACGCACGCGAAGGAGGAAAAAAAGUAUCGAAGAAAAGCAAUGGUGCCCCGAAUGGAUUUUAUGCAGAGAUCGACUGGGAAAGAUAUAACUCUCCUGAGCUGGAUGAAGAAGGGUACAGCAUCAGACCGGAGGAACCCGGCUCUACCAAAGGAAAGCACUUUUAUUCUUCGAGUGAAUCGGAAGAGGAAGAAGAGUCCCACAAAAAGUUUAAUAUUAAAAUCAAACCUUUGCAAUCUAAAGACGUCCUCAAGAGCGCCGCCACUGUGGACGAGCUGAAGGCAUCCAUAGGCAACAUCGCGCUUUCUCCGUCGCCUGUGAGGAAAAGUCCGAGGCGCAGCCCGGGUGCAAUUAAAAGGAACUUAUCCAGUGAAGAGGUAGCAAGACCUCGACGCUCAACGCCCACACCAGAGCUCGUAAGCAAAAAGGCUCCAGAGGACCCCGUGGCCCUUGCCCCGCUGUUUGGCCCUCCUUUGGAAUCAACGUUUGAAGAGCAGAAAUCUGAAGUUCCUUUAGAUCAGCCGGAGAUCUGGGGCUCUGCCCAGCCCAUGAAUCCAAGCCUCGAGUCUCCAAAGUUAACAAGACCUUUUCCCACUGGAACACCUCCACCCUUGCCUCCUAAAAACGUACCAGCGACCCCACCUCGCACCGGCUCUCCUCUAACAGUGGGACCAGGCAGUGAGCAGACCACACACGAGGUCAAAGGUGACAAACUACCAUCCAUCAGUGACUUGGACAGCAUUUUUGGCCCAGUUUUGUCCCCCAAGUCUGUGGUCGUUAACACAGAAGAAAAGUGGGUCAAUUUUUCUGACGCGUCCCCGGAACGGGUCACUCCAGAGUUGACUUCAAGGGAAAAGGUGGCGUCCCCACCACCAGCGUCAGAAAACCCAGCUGACUCCUCAGCUGGAGACCCUCCACGCAACAUCCCUUCGCCACUUGAUUUAGAAGAGGUUCAGAAGAAGUUUUCUGAGCAGACCCUCGGGAAAGAUGAUAACUUAGAAACAGUCGCAUCUCCUAAAGAUUUGGGGUUGGGCCAGAGAGCCACACCACCUCCCCCUCCACCACCCACCUACCGGACCGUGGUAUCGUCACCCGGACCCAGCUCGGGCAGUGGGACGGGAACCGCCAGUGGCGCAUCGUCCCCGGCCCGGCCUGCCACCCCCUCAGCCCACUGCAGCAGCGGGACUACGCCGCCACCGCCACCUCCUCGACCUCCGUCCAGACCCAAGCUGCCUCCCGGCAAGCCCGGAGUGGGAGACGUGUCCAGACCUUUUAGCCCUCCCAUACAUUCUUCGAGUCCUCCUCCAAUCGCACCCCUUGCCCGGGCAGAGAGCACAUCAUCUAUAUCGUCCACCAACUCCCUGAGCGCAGCCACGACGCCUACUGUUGAAGAUGAUGUUUUUAAUGGCAAGCUCCCUUCGUUUGAAAGGCACGGGGAAACACCUGAAGAGAAUGAACAGCCUUCCCUCGUUUGGUUUGACAGAGGAAAGUUUUAUUUGACUUUUGAAGGCUCUUCUCGGGGACCCAGCCCUCUGACAAUGGGAGCUCAGGACACCCUCCCUGUGGCAGCAGCAUUCACAGAAACGGUCAAUGCCUAUUUCAAAGGAGCAGACCCCAGCAAGUGUAUAGUGAAGAUCACCGGCGAGAUGGUCCUGUCGUUUCCCGCAGGCAUCACCAGACACUUUGCCAACAACCCCUCCCCAGCCACCCUGACCUUCCGAGUGGUGAAUUUCAACAGGUUAGAACACGUCCUGCCAAACCCCCAACUUCUCUGCUGUGAUGAUGCCCAAUCUGAUGCCAACACCAAGGAAUUCUGGGUAAACAUGCCAAAUCUGAUGACUCACCUAAAGAAAGUGUCUGAGCAAAAACCGCAGGCAACGUAUUAUAACGUGGACAUGCUCAAAUAUCAGGUAUCUGCCCAGGGCAUUCAGUCCACUCCACUGAACUUGGCAGUGAACUGGAGGUGUGAGCCAGCGAGCACCGAUCUGCGCAUCGACUACAAGUAUAACACAGAUGCGAUGACCACCCCAGUCGCCCUCAACAAUGUCCAGUUCCUCGUCCCCAUUGAUGGCGGAGUAACCAAACUUCAAGCGGUGCUGCCCCCUGCUGUUUGGAAUGCUGAACAGCAAAGAAUACUGUGGAAAAUCCCUGAUAUCUCUCAAAAAUCAGAAAAUGGAGGGGUUGGUUCUUUGCUGGCAAGAUUCCAGUUAUCCGAAGGUCCUAGCAAACCUUCCCCAUUGGUCGUGCAGUUUACCAGUGAGGGGAGCACCCUGUCUGGCUGUGAUAUUGAACUCGUGGGAGCAGGCUAUCGGUUUUCACUCAUUAAAAAAAGGUUUGCAGCAGGCAAAUACCUGGCAGAUAACUAAGAAAACCUUAUGCAAGCAUAUGGAGAACCCAAAUCGCAGAGGACUCUGUCGUACAUGGAACAGGUUUUUGUUUUGGGGUUUUAAUGAAAACAAAGUAAAACCUGCCCUUGGGACAUUCCUACUGAAAGUAUCCAUUGCUUUCAGCGACCUUUCUCCCUCCGUGGACAACACCGUGUUGAGACCAGUCCCACAGUAUUUACUUCUAGGUGUAACAUUGUUAAUGGUUUUAAAAUGUAAUUAUUGUAUUUGUAAAUUGUACUCAUUCCCGUAAGACUGUAUUUCAGGCGGUUAGACAAAAGUUGAGUUUUAGCAUUUGACCAUUCAUGAAAUGGGUGUAAUUUAAACUCUAGUAUAUAAAUUUAUUAGUAGUCCUGUUGACUGGCACAAGGCUUCCAGAGAUAGACUGCAUUUUGUCAAUAUAUAAAGUUUCAAGACGAUAUCGGUAGCGGCUUUCAAAGGGGGUGCCUCAUCGCAAAGAAGGCUUUGCAGAAACAAGAAAACUCUUUCCUUUCCUCCUCCGGUCCUUCCUAUGUCUUAUUCUAUAGUGUGAAAUUAAGAGUUCUACCUUCCAGCAUUUAGUGGGGUUAAAUUUCAAGACUUUUCAUUAAAUUCUAAGGUUAUAACGUAUUUAAAGAAGGCGAGACGUACCACUUUUUAACCGCUUUUUUUUCAAACGGCAAAUUUCAUAAAAACGCACGCCAUAUAAACAGGGCCUCUUAUUUUUAUAAUGUAUAAAAAGGGGAUAUUUAAAGUUAAAAUUAUGAAAUUAUGCUGGAGAUUCCAGAGGAUGCUGGGAUCCAAAUCGUUUCCCCAUGCUCGCCACCUCUCCCCCAAACUGGGCAAAUAUGGAGAUGGAGAUUCCUGAAUAACCAGGCAGUUUUAUUGGGAUUGUGAGAUGAUGAGAAUUUUUCAAGAUCUUUAUUAAGAUUGCUACCCGAUUGGGGAUGUCACUGUUUCUGAAACUCUGCAGGCUGAACGAACGGCGUCCUCUAGCCUCUUCCCCUACAUGUAGGCUGCCCGUCUUUGAGUGAGGUGGCCAGGAGCCCCCCUGCAUCCAUCUGGCAGGAGAUUUUGAUCUGAGAGUCAUUUGGGGAAUGGGAAAACCAAUUUAGGCU